AUGCCUAACCAAACCGUUAUAGUCAUCGGUGCAGGCCCUGUUGGUCUCUUUACAGCCUUGCUCCUUGCUCAGAAUGGAAUCAAGGUGACUGUGAUUGAGGCAGAUGAAGGAAUAUCCCGGAGUCCACGAGCUGCAGUACAGCUCCCUUGCGUUAACCUCGAGUUUUCCAAGGCUGGAAUCAUCGAUGAGGUUAUUGAAUCUUCUUAUAAAAGCAAUGAUGGAUACUGUUGGCGAGACGGGUACGAUACAACAAAAAUCUUCGCAGAUUUUACGCCUCCACCAUCAGAUAAUCCCAAUCUUUGCGCAGUCUUCAUAGGACAAGACGUCUUGGCGCAGAUAUUCCUCAAGCAUUUGAUCAAUACAGGAAAUGCGGAGAUCGUCUUCAACCAUGCGUUUACCCGCGUUGAAGACCAUGGCGAUUCAGUUACUGUUCACGCUCGGCGCAAACUUGAUGAUCAAGAGCUCAGCUUUAACUGUCGAUAUGUCGUCGGAGCUGAUGGUGGUAAGAGUUCGGUUAGAAAGUGUAUAGGCCAGUCUCUCGAAGGCUACACCUGGCCAGACAUACGGCUCAUUGCAGUCAACAUCCUCUACGACCUUGAAAAAUUAGGUUGGAAGCCUGGCAACUUUAUCGUACAUCCUGAGGAUUGGGCUAUCGUUGUGAGACGUGGCCCAAAGAAUCUGUGGAGGGUUGCAACCAGCGUUCCGUUUGCUCAGGGUGCUGAUGGGGAGCCUAUCACUGACAAGACCGUUUUCCCUGUCAUUAAAGACAGGCUCGCUAGGAUCUUGCCAGGCAACACUGAUGAGAUCAUCUACCUCCAGACAGCUCCGUACACGAUUCAUCAGCGCUGUGUCUCCAAGUAUCGCGUUGGAAACAUCAUGCUCGCUGGCGAUGCUGCUCAUCUCAACAAUCCCGUUGGUGGACUCGGACUGACUACGGGCUUACUUGAUGCCGCUCAUUUGGGCAAAGCUUUAACUCAAGUCAUAAACGCGAAUGCCCCAGAAACAGCCCUCGAUGAGUACGCAACCGCCAGGCGUGAUGUCUAUAAGAACGUCACGGAUCCGUUAUCGACUGCAAACCUCUUGAGGCUGAAGUCGACUGCUCCUGAAGACAUCGCUACGAGGGAGGCGUUUUUCAAGAUGCUGAAUGAUCCGAACGAGAAAGUACAGGUGUUCGCUCAUAUGGCGAAGGAGAUGGGGCUAUCUACUACGUUAGAUAUGAAGGAUUUGGGGCCAAGGCCACAGUUGUAA